AGUGCCCGGCGGUCGGUUGCAGAGAGGGUCCUCGCCCCGCCCCCUCGGGCCGGGUUUCCGCGCACCCGGAAGGCGUGUUCCCGGCUGUCGGACCCAGAGGUGGUCGCCGGUUGAAACCCCGCUCCCCGUCGCUGGUGCCAUGGAGGCCGCAGUGGCGGCAGAAGUUGAAAAUGAGGACGGCGACGGCGACAGCAAUUGCGGGGACCUGUGCUUCAUGGACAAAGGCUUGCGAAGCAUCUCAGAGUUAUCUUUAGAUUCAGCCAUUCAUGCCAUCAAUCUUCACUGCAAUAAUAUCACCGAGAUUAAAGCCAUUGAUCAUGUUUGGAAUUUACAACAUUUAGAUCUGUCAUCUAAUCAAAUAAUUAAAAUUGAAGGGCUAACUACACUAACAAAACUAUGCACUUUAAAUUUGUCCUGCAAUUUGAUCACAAGAGUAGAAGGACUUGAAGCACUAACUAAUCUGACUAGACUGAAUUUAUCUUACAACCACAUAAAUGAUCUUAGUGGUUUUAUGCUCCUUCAUGGGCUGAAGCAUAAAUUAAGAUAUAUUGACCUACAUAGUAAUUGUAUAGAUAGUAUCCAUCACUUACUUCAGUGUAUGGUAGGAUUGCACUUCUUGACUUAUCUUACUUUGGAUAAAAAUGGAGAGAAUAAUCCUGUUUGUCAUUUCCCAGGGUACAGAGCGAUUAUUCUCCAGACUUUGCCACAGCUUAGAAUUCUGGAUUGUAAGAACAUAUUUGGUGAAACAGUAAAUUUGUCCGAAAUAAAUUCAUCACACCUACAGUGCUUAGAAGGUCUUUUGGAUAAUUUAGUCUCUUCUGAUUCUCCCCAAAAUAUAAGUGAAGAUGAGAUCAUUGGUAGUACACCAGCGGUAACACCGAACAUUGAUCAGUUAACACCCUUGGAUCAACUUGAAAGCACACCAGCUGCUUUGACGUCCUUUGUAUCUGUGUGUCCAUCUUCUGAGCCAGAGAAAAUUAAUCAUAACAGUGAUUUUCAGGAUGAUAUGCAACUUCAGAAAUCAGAUUAUCAAAUUUUACAGCUUCUCAGUGAAACCUCUAAUUGUUUAUUAGAUAAUGUUCCUGAAAGAGACAUCAGACCAAAAAGAGACACCGAAGUGACUUCUGAAAGUGACGUUGGAAACAGAAGAGGAAGCAAUAGAAAAAUUCCUCAAAGAUCAAAAAUCCCGUAUUACUCCAGAACUACUCAGACUUCUAAGCACUGCAGUAAAAACAGCUCUUUCAUAAGUUGUAAUCGUAAAAUGAAACAGCCUUACCUUAGAGAUUUAUAUGUAAGAUCGUGUUUUGCUAACUCUAAUACAUUAGAAGAAUCAGAUGAACAGAAGACUGAAGUAAUGAAAGUAGACCCAUGUAGCACAGAAGACACCACUUACCGGUCCCUUGUUGAACAGCUAGAUCAAGAAAGAGAGAAGAGAUGGAAAGCUGAACAAGCUGAAAAGAAACUUAUUGAUUAUAUUGAUGAACUGCAUAACCAUGCAAAAGAGAAAAAAGAUAUUCAUAGCCUGGCUCUACUUACCACAGAUAGGCUAAAGGAAAUUAUUUUUAAAGAAAGAAAUUCCAAAAUGCAACUCGAAUUUAUGGUUCACAAACUUCAAAAUGAAAUUAAAAAACUAACUGUUGAAUUAAUUAAAGCAAGAGAUCAACAAGAGGAUCAUCUGAAAGCCCUAAGAACCAUGGAAAAAGCAUUAGAAAAAAUGGAAAGGCAAAAAGCAAAGCAACAGGCAGCACAGAUGAGACUUAUUCAAGAGGUGGAGCUCAAAGCUUCAGCUGCUGAUAAAGAAAUAAAUUUACUUAGAACAUCUCUUCAUCAAGAAAAGGAAAAAGUAAAACAACUUCAUGAACUUUUUGCACUGAAAGAAGAAGGACACAGGAAAGAACUUGAAACAAGGGAACUUUUUAAUGAUGCUGAGUUCCAGAAUGCCUUAGCUAAAGGAAUAGCCAAAGAAAAGAGAAAACAUGAGCAAGAUAUAAAAGAAUACCAGGAAAAAAUUGACAUAUUAAACCAGCAGUAUAUGAAUUUAGAAGAUGAAUUCCGGGUUGCUUUAACGGUUGAAGCCAGAAGAUUUAAAGAUGUUAAAGAUGGUUUUGAAAAUGUUGCAGCAGAGUUAGCAAAGAGCAAACAUGCUCUUGUUUGGGCUCAACGAAAAGAAAAUGAGUCUUCCUCUUUAAUUAGAGAUCUGACAUGUAUGGUGAAGGAACAAAAAAUAAAACUUGCAGAAGUUUCCAAACUGAAACAUGAAACAGCAGCAAAUUUACAGAAUCAAAUCAGCACCCUUGAAGUUUUGAUUGAAGAUGACAAGGAGAAGAGUAUUCAAAUAGAACUUCUCAAGCAUGAAAAAGUCCAGCUUAUUUCUGAGCUAGCAGCCAAGGAAUCGCUAAUUCAUGGUUUAAGGACAGAAAGAAAAGUAUGGGGAGAAGAGCUGGCACAGCAGGGAGCAUCUCUAUCCCAAAAUCGUGGAAAAUUAGAAGCAAAAAUUGAAAAUUUAUGUAGAGAGAAUGAAUCUCUGCAAAAGGCAAAUGAACGUGAUAAUGAUGCGUUAAGAAUUAAGAACAAAAUCAUAGAAGACCAAACUGAAACCAUUAGAAAAUUAAAAAUUUGUGUACAGGAAAGAGAUGAACACAUUAAAACAUUACAAGAGCAGAUCACUGAGAUACAAAAAUGUACUCAAGAACAACUUGAGGAAAAAUCGUCACAACUGGAUGUUAUAAUGGAGAAAUUGGAAAAACACAAUGAAAGAAAAGAACAACUAAAACAACAGUUGAAAGAAAAGGAAAUAAAACUUGAGGAAAUUAGAAAAGCUUAUAGUAUACUUAACCAGAAGUGGCAUGAUAAAGGAGAACUUCUGCAUCAUCUAGAAAUACAAGUAAAAGAAGUGAAAGAAAAAUUUGAAAACAAGGAAAGGAAACUUAAAGAGGAAAGAGACAAAAGUAUUGUACUACAAAAGGAUGCACUAGAAAAACUUCAUAGUAUGGAUGAUGCCUUUAAAAAACAAGUUGAUGCAAUUGUUGAAGCUCAUCAAGCUGAAAUACUACAACUGGCAAAUGAAAAGCAGAAGUAUAUUGAUUCUGCAAAUGAAAAGGUUUAUCAAGUCGAAGAAGAAAUGCGUGAGCUUCUGGAAGAAACAUGCAAGAACAAAAAGUCAAUGGAGGAAAAAAUUAAACAACUCUCUUUUGCUCUAAGUGAAAUUCAGCAAGAAUUGUGAUGAUUCUGAGAAAGAAAUUCAUUGAAAUAUACCAGCAAACCUAUUGUAAAAAUGAUUAAAUAUUGUAACAGUAGUAACUUCUAUGACUUUGAAAUGUCUCUUUCUACACAUUUCAUUCUGAAUAUAUUUUUUAAAACUUUGAUCAAGUAUUUAAUUGUGUAUACAGGUUUUUAUAAUAAAUUAAUAAUUGU